AUGGCAAUUAUCGAAGUGUUGAACGAAUUUCAAAAGUUAGGCGAUUCUGACUUCAAAAAGAGAGCCAUUUAUGAGACACAUAUCUUUCAGAUCAUUCAGAAUUGUAUUUUAUGGGUAAUCUGUUCGCUCGGCAUCUAUUCGGCCACAAGUGAACGGUUCCGACGGAUACUGGAGUUUGGAAUUUGUAUUACCGCUUAUCUGACCGUUGAUAUCAUACUAUUGUUUCUGAAUUUUUCGAUCUCCGAUCUCGUGGUCGUUAUGAUCAUUGCAGCUCUGGUUACCAUAAAUUGGUUGUAUUUGCAUCAGAUAUUCAUCAGAAGUGCUGCACCUAUAGAGUCACGCGAUGAGAGAAUUUUUGUUGAUAUUGAUGCAAAUGAAUAAAUUCAGUUCAAACUUCAUUAUCGAUUGUUAUACA